UUCCACCCUCCCAUGUUGCUCCAAGCCCCAUCCAGCCUGGCCUGGGACACUGCCAGGGAUGCAGGGACAGCCCCAGCUGCUCUGGGCACCCUGGGCCAGGGCCUGCCCACCCUCCCAGCCAGCAAUUCCUGCCCAAUACCGGUCUUCCCGCCGGCUGCCGUGCCGUGCCACAGUUCCCCAUCCCAAAUCCGGGAUCAUCGGGAAUCCGCUCCGCGUCGCUGUCCGCGCGGGCGGGGCGGGGCCUGGCGCGUCACGUGACGCGCGCUGCCGCCGGCCAUUGGCCGGAAGCGCCGCCCCGGAAGCGCGAGGCCGUUCCGGUGCGGGCGCAGGUGGGUGCGGAGCGCCGGGAACACCGGGAACACCGGGAGCAGGGAAUGAUCCCUUCCCCACAUCCCGCCUCGCCCUGCCCCCCGCCCCGCUCCGCACGGCCCUGGUCGCGCCGCUAGCCGGGGCCUCACGGGCCGCACCGGCCGCAACCGCCCCCGGCGAGCAGAACGGCAGCGCCGGCCAGCCGGCAGCCUGCUGGGCUCGCUCGUCCUUUAUGGAAAACGGGGAAAACCCGGCGCGUUUGCCCCUGGGGCGUUUUGCGGGCGCUGGGAACGAAGCCGUGCCGUGCCGUGCCGAGCUGGACCGAGCCGGCGGAGGAAUUCCUCAGGACGCUGAUCCCAGGGAUCGCUGGUGCAUCGGGCGGAGGUAG